UGGGACUACAACUCCCGGCAGGCCCUGCUGACGGCGCAGCGGCUGACGCAGCGGCCGACGCGGCAUAGUGGUUGGCGGGCCGGGGCGUACCCGCGGGGCCGUGCGCCGGGGUAGCGGGAUGUACGCGGGGCGCUCCCGGCGCCUCUCCCGCGUGGGACAGAGCCGCGGGAGCGACGCGGGAGAGGUGAAGCCUCCGUCUGUCCGCCCGCAUGGAGCUGAGCAGCGCGGAAGGGGCGUCUACCCGGUUCCUCGGCCUCACUCAGCGCUCCGUCUCUGAAGAUCUGGGUUGCAGACGCGGAGAGUUUAGCAGAAAGCAUUAUGGAUCUGUGGAGCUUCUUAUAUCUAGUGACGCUGAUGGAGCCAUUCAAAGAGCUGGACGGUUCCGUGUGGAAAAUGGCUCCUCUGGUGAGAAUACGGACUAUGCUCCGGGUACAUGGCACAGAACGGAUGUGCAUUUGGAAAACCCGGAAUAUCAUACGAGAUGGUACUUGAAGUAUUUUUUAGGGAAAGUUCAUCAGAAUUAUGUAGGUACAGAUGCAGAGAAGAACCCUUUCUUUCUGUCUGUUGUACUGUCUGACCAAAAUAAUCAGCGCAUUCCUCAAUACCAUUCAAUACUUUGGAGAAAAACAGGUACUCAGAAAAUAUGUCUCCCUUACAGUCCCACAAAAACAUUAUCAGUGAAAUCUAUAUUAAGUGCUAUGAGUCUUGAUAAAUUUGAGAAGAGCCCAAGGGAAAUUUUUCAUCCUGAGAUACAAAAGGAUUUAUUGGUUCUUGAAGAGCAAGAGGGAUCGGUGAAUUUUAAAUUUGGAGUACUUUAUGCUAAGGAUGGUCAGCUUACAGAUGAUGAAAUGUUCAGUAAUGAAAGUGGAAGUGAAAGCUUUCAACGAUUUUUGCGUCUCUUGGGUGACACAAUUACUUUGAAAGGCUGGUCAGGCUACAGAGGCGGACUGGACACUAAAAAUGAUACAACAGGAACCUGUUCCAUCUAUACAGUUUUUCAAGGGCAUGAAAUUAUGUUCCAUGUUUCAACCAUGCUGCCGUAUUCUAGAGAGAACAAGCAGCAGGUAGAAAGGAAGCGACAUAUUGGAAAUGACAUUGUCACUAUCAUAUUUCAGGAAGGUGAAGAGUCUUCUCCAUCUUUCAAGCCAUCCAUGAUUCGCUCUCAUUUUACACAUAUUUUUGCUUUAGUGAGAUAUAAUAAGCAGAAUGAUAGUUACAGGCUGAAAAUAUUUUCAGAAGAAAGUGUUCCUCUCUUUGGGCCUCCCCUUCCAUCCCCACCUGUGUUUACAAAUCACCAGGAGUUCAGGGAUUUUGUGUUGGUGAAAUUAAUAAAUGGUGAAAAAGCCACCUUGGAAACACCAACAUUUUCUCAGAAACGUCAACGCACUCUAGACAUGCUGAUCCGCUCUUUAUACCAAGACAUGAUGCCUGACCUACACAAGGGAAAUAACAUGCUUAAUAGAAGAUCCUUCAGUGAUGUGUUACCAGAGUCCCCAAAAUCGACACGGAAAAAAGAGGAAGCUCGACAAGCAGAAUUUGUUCGGCUUGGUCAGGCAUUGAAAUUGAAAACCACUGUGAAAGGGGAUACCACAGCUAACUUGGCAACCACAAGCUUUUGUAAAAAGGAGCCCUGGGAAUCUCAGUCUUUCUGCAGUAAUUUUCCUCAUGAGGUUGUCUGUGCAGAUUCUUGGGGCCAGUCCUUGCUGGUUUCUACAGAUGCUGGCAUCUUGUUAAUAGAUGAUGGUCAGCCGUCAGUGCAAGUAUUUGAUAAAACUCUCCAAAUAAAGCAGAUGAAUGUGUUGGAAGCUCUGGAUCUUUUGAUUGCCCGAACAGACAAAGGGAAAGACUCUCGUAUCCUUGUCUUCAGACUCAGUGCUGUCCAAAAAGAUAUAGAGACUAAAAAAAUCAUAAGAAGCAAAUAUGACUGCAGAGAAAAUAAACUGGAGAGAACAAAAGGCUGCCAUUUGUAUGCCAUUAACACUCACCACGGAAGUGAACUGAGGGUCGUUGCGGCUAUUCGGAACAAACUACUUCUCGUCACAAAGAAAUAUAAUUCGGACGAUGCUUCAAUCGGCACCUCUCUGCUGUCGUCUCCUGAAUCUCCAGUAGAGGAGUUCCAGUACAUCCGGGAAAUAUGCCUUUCUGACCCUCCAGUGGUUAUGACGCUGGUUGAUGGACCUACUGGAGACAGUGACAAUAUGAUCUGUGUAGCGUAUCGGCAUCAGUUUGAUUUAAUCAAUGAGAGUACAGGGGAGUCCUAUAGAUUGCAUCAUGUUGAAACAAACAGGGUUAAUUUUGUUGCGGCUAUUGAUGUAUAUGAAGAUGGUGAAGCUGGUCUACUGUUGUGUUAUAACUAUGUUUGUCAAUACAGAAAGGUAUAUCCUUUCAGUGGACAUUCUCCACUUGUCCACCCAUCAGCUUAUGACUUCCACUUCAGCUGGAAUCAAGUUCCUUAUGCUGUUGUCUGUGCUUUCCCUUACGUUCUUGCCUUCACUACUGAUUCCAUUGAGAUCCGAUUAGUGGUGAAUGGGAACUUAGUCCACACAGCAGUUGUGCCUGAGCUUCAACUUGUAGCAUCAAGGUCAGAUAUUUAUUUUAAAGCUACUGCUGCAGUAAGUGGAUCAUCUGACAGCAGCUCUAAGGAAAUGAGUUCAAAGAGUUCUCCUCAAACACCGACAGCUUACGAAAAGCCAGAAUUACCUCUUCCUUCUCUAGAAGGUGAAGUUCCAUGCAAAAACCUGUACAAAAUACCUCUGAGCAAUCUGGUUGGGCGAAGCAUUGAACGACCUCUGAAGUCACCUUUGGCUCCCAAGGUCAUCACUACUACAACAUCGAGUGGCAUUACCUCUCUUCCAGUUACGCACUCACUACCUUUAUCUCGUAUGGAAAUUAAAGAAAUUGCAAGCAGAACGCGUAAAGAAUUGCUGGGUCUCUUGGAUGAGCCUAUACCCAAGACAGAAAGUGCACAGAAGCUGAAAAAGGGUUCUCGAAGACAGUCAGACCCUAAGCAGGGAGCUGUAAGAUCAUCAAGUAGUGACAGGAUAAUCUCAAGCUCGUUUGAAGGCUAUUCUGAAAGACAUCAUCUUUCCACUAGUUCAGAUCCUGAUACUUCAGCAAACAGGGAGGAGAGCUCACCAUCUAGCUAUCCAUUUCAGCUGAUUUCUUUAUAUGAUGAAGACAUCAUUGACUUAAAAUGAAGACACUUUUUAAAACCUUUCUUCCUUACAGCUCUGUAAGCUCUAUGGCAAUGUUACAAACACAGCUUCUGGUAGUAAAAUGUGGCUGGAAGUACUGGUGAUAAAUCCUUAUGGAAUCCAUGUUCUGGUUAGCACAACCUGAUUUGGCAAUGCUUAUAUCUUUGACAUAGGUAUGUUUUCUCAGUUAAUGAAGCAUUACUUAAAUGAUAUGCAGCAAAGUUAAUUGCUGUUAUUACUAUCAUGAGUUGUUUUACAACAGUGUAUGUCAUGUUGGAAGAGGAAUUUUAUAACACAAAUUACUACUUUUGGUUUUUUGGUCUUUAAAAAACAGAAGAACAACAACAAAAAAAAAGGCUUGCAGGCAAGGUCAUUUCAAACACUGGCAUCAGUCCCUAAAUUGAUGCAUCUGUGGUAUGUUCACUGAAUAAUCAGGUGAGAUAUGAAGAUGGUGUUUCCUUGGCUCAUUGUUUAGAGAAACUUGAAAACUCUUUUGGCAUAAAGAAUCCCUGAGCAGAGAACCUUUCUGUAGGACACAAACUUUCAGAAUAUUUCUCAAAAAAUUGGAAACUAAAAAAAAAUUAAAAACCCCGUGAACAAACAAAAAAUGCAGAAACAAAAACUCCAGUCUACCUACUGGAAAACUCUUACUGUAGUGCAUCUGCAGAUUUUUCCAUUACAGGCAGAAGAGCCAAUCCAAAUUUUCUUUGACUAUGAAAAGAUUCUUAUGCAGACAUCAUCAUUAGCUGUUGUCUGUGCUUGCACCAACAGUAUAAGUAAUUAUUUCAGAUAGUUGUAUUUUUCUAACUGGAUGCAGACUGAAAUUUCAGUGCUAAUAAGGUAGUCUUCUGUGAUGAAACAGUGAUCUUGUCUCUUACUGUAUUAAAGGACAGGGGUUUGUAUUUAAAGUUUGGUUGGUUUUUUUUUUAACCCUUUCCUCUAGAACACCUUUGCAGGAAUUUUGUUUGGUUUGGGUUUUUUUUCAUGAAAACUUUCUAAAUAUGAUGUUUUUAUCUUUAUUAGCAAGUGUUUCUUGUUCUAAAUGUAGAAAUACUUCUGUAUCCUUGAUUUUAUUUCAUAAUAUCAUCCGUAUGUCAUGAUUUCACUUUUGUUCAGGCAUGAUCAUCUGGAGAUGCGUGCCUUUUGCUGCCAUCUGUCUGAAUGUAAAACUGGUUUUGCAAAGUGAUUUUUUUUUCUCAGUUUAUUAUAUAAUAUGGCUGAAUUGCUUCACUUAAGAGAAUAUACAAAGUCUUACCUGGAAACAUAAUUUCUUACUCUCAACUGGGGUGGCUAAUCAACAGAAGAAGCAAUAUUUCCAAUAGCAAUUAGUCUAGGAGAAGAAGGCCAUUAUUACUUUAGUGGAUUUGGCACUCAUAGAUGUGUGGGGUGAACCUUAAUAAGCAUCUAAAAGGGAGUACCAGAUUGAAGUAUUUGCAAAAACUUGUAAUUAUUCUUUGAAAAUGUUGUUUCCAGAGAUUGUUACUUUUACCCUACCCUUAUUUAUUUGGACAGUUAAGGUUUAAAGAAAAUCAAUCUGAAAGUACCACGCAGUACUUAUUUUCCUGGAAGUUGUAAACACUUCUGAAUCCACUGGAUCUAAUUUGGGGUCACUGUUGGCACUUACGUAUUUUUAAAAAGGAAAAGAACCAGCUUUUUCCAAAAACAGCUCUCUCAGUGUAGUAUUUGAUUUGUGGUUUGUGGCUAUUUUUGAAGACUGUACCAGUGUGUUGCAAAGCUGGGGCUUUAGUUAAAAUUUUAGCUGGAAACUUUGCUUUACCCUGUUAGUAUACUGGAUUUUAAAUAUACUGCAGAUGUUAACCUGUGCUAUCACAGCAUGAUUUAAAAUGAUUAACCAUUGUUUGAUAGCAGUUAAAGCAAUAUAUGGAGAUUUUUAAACUUGUUUUGAAGGACCUGAGCAGACACAUACUUGGGUAUCCUGAAAGACUAGCCUUAGAGAUGGAGCACUAGGGAGAACAAGAAGAAUGAGAAAAGUUUGACAGAAAGCUUGACUGGCUGUGAUGGUAGUCGGAAUGCAUAUAGAUACAGCAUUUGCAUUAUAUCCUAAACAUGAUUAUAGAAGAAAGGGCUAUAAAGCAAGAGUUAUUUUCUUGAACCAGAAGUGCAGCAGUGGCUGUAAGGUAUUACCAUUAAUUAAGAGAGUGUUGGGUGGUGGGAAUGUGUGUGUGUGUGAGAGAGAGAGAGAGAAAGACAGACCCUUUGAAGUUUUGCCUGUAAUUACAGCAUUGAGAACAUCUAGCAAAUGAACUAUAAGGAGUGCAGAUACUGGAUUACUGAAGCACAAAACCAGAUCAUACUGCCUUCAUGGUACAUACCUGGAAAGGGAUAUAAUUUGAAGAGGGAAGCCCAGCAACUGCAUCCCUGCCCACCUCCCACCUGCUUCUAUGCUAUAGCUUGACUUAAUGGGUCUGGUACAAGCUGCUAAGCAAGUCACACUAGGAACUACCAGAUCUUAACACACCAUUGCUCAUAUAGGAGAGGAAGGAGCCAAAUCCUGGAAAAAAAAUUAAUGUGUUCAUUCUUAAUGUAUCCAGUAAGUGCCUUGUUAAGGUUUUGCUUCUGUACUUAAGAGUGUCAUAGAGGGAUAAUAUCUAAUGUGGCAAAAGAAGUAGAGAGCGAUACAACAUUUUGUUUGGGUUAUAUGACACCUAGAGUUGGUAGCUGAGGCUUUAGGGCCAUGUAUAUGUAGUUUACUACCUGCUUAUUGUAGGAGAGCAGCCCAGAACAUAGGUAGAAGGCAGAGAACAUGGAAAUAAUAUUCCAGUUUUAUUUGACACAAGCCAAGGAACCAAAUUCUGUGAAGACCUUUAUCACAUUGAUUGUAUCAAAAAAACAAUUACCAACACAAUCACGUGAAAUUGCUGAUGUAUGCAACCUUGUACAAGGAUAGCUUCUUUGAGUUUUUAGUAGUCUAAACAGACAGCUAUGGUUUCCGUGUCUCUUCAUGUGAGGAGAGCUAGCUUCUAGCCAUUGUUUUUCUCAAAACAUCAUCCUUACUAUUGAGACUGCUAAUUAAAAUCUAGAGGCAGUUGGUGGUAUUGAUACCGAAGCUCUUGUGCAUCAUUUAUAAAGGGCAAAGUUCUUACACACCUGCAGAACCUCUCUUUGUGACUGGUAUAACAUGACAAGGCUUGUUGGAAGGCUGCUGGGAUGGCUAUAGUGUUGUUCACUCCAGCGUUGGAGCUAUGUUGUUUGCCCUCUGUUUUUCCAGCAUGUGCAUGCAUAUACUCUCUAAAACUUAAAAAGUAGUCUUGGGCUCAAAUUGUAGCCAUGUCCACUGUAAGCACAACCCUUUCUCCUUUCACUCUGGGUGUUAAAGCUGCCUGUAGGCUGCGUUCUUGAUGCUGGCUGACCAUCUCAUGGUUAGCAGAAAAGACAAUCUUUGAAUCUACUGUGUAAGAUGGGUUUUGUUCUGAUAGGAAAACUGAAAAGUGUUGCUACAGAUGGAUGGAAGGAAGGAAUUGUUUCCAUGAAGGAAGAAUUGUUACCAGAUUGAAGACUUGCUGUCAGGCUAAGUUUAACUGAAGGCCCAUUCUGGACUCUUGGCUAAAUUUCUGCAACAAAUACUUUCUAUCCCAAUGUGCUGGAUUUGUAGGCGGCAGCAGGGCUCUUAACUCCUUCUGGCUAAACGGUGUUGGUCACCACUUCAUCCCUGUGCCUUAGUCUGACUAAAUUAUAGGAAUGUCAUUUACAUUGGUGCAAGCAUUAGAUUGUACAGGUAGUUAAUUUAGAAUGUACUUGUGUGUUCUCACCAGCAUGGUUAAUGAUGCACAGAAUCACAAAAUAGUUGAGGGUAGAAAGGACCACUGUGUUAGCAUCUAGUCCAGUACACACACCUGUGCACCACCAUUCCAGAAUCCGUUCAAAAUGGAUGUGCAAGAUUUUGGGCUACUUGUCAUCUUUGUCCUGCACUUGAAUUGCAGCAUGCAUAUAAACCAUCACCAUAACUUUGAAGUGUGACUAGGACUUAAGAACCCCCUGACACAUGAACUAAGUUAAUUCACACACACACAAAAUAUGGAGCCCUUAAGGCUUUGAUGAGCUGUUUGCAAGGUCCCUAUAGCCUAGUUUGGCCUUUAGAAACCAGUACAAAGAGUCAUUUUUGUCCAGCUCCUUAUUCUAGUGGCAAUGCAGUACAUACAAAUAUUUUAUAUGUGUUUGAAAGUAACAAAACACUUCCUUCUAAUAAGAAACAAAGACCCACAUUAAAUUUGAAAGGGCUAUGGCUAUUCAUGGUAGCAAGAGAACUGCUCUCUUACUUCAGUGAAUGCAUGCAUACAUUCAGUUUCCUGGUUUGCAAAGAAGUAAGGCCUGUUCUAGUUAUAGUCCUUUACUAGUUUGGGGCUGAUUCUUGUUUGUUUUGGUUUGUGUGAUUUCUGGAGGCUGGUGGUGUGGGCAGGUUUUUUGUUGGUUGGGAUUUUUUUUUUCAGGUUUUAGGGGGGGGGUUGCUUGGCUGGGUUGGUUUCUUUGUUUGUUUGCUUUGUUUUUUGUAUUUUUUAUGUUUUUUUUUUAAUUUCCUGUUGUUUUUCAAUGUAUAACAUACAUUCAAGUAUGCACCUGGAAUGAACAGCAGGUUUGUUCUCUGCCUUCAUGUGAUUAUUUUAUAAAUGUGCAUGUAUUUGUAAUUGAUAGAUUCAACCUGAAUUUUUUUAGUACUUGACAGUCAACUGAAUAAAUAUUUAAACAGUACUUAAGAGAGCGGGGAAUGGGUAAUGUUAUUGCCUAACUAGUUACAUAUGGUUAAGGUUGCUACUCCUGACAUAUAUUUUCUGCUGUUCUAAGUAUAUUUGACCAGUAACGGCUAGCUUGAACAUGUUUUUCUAAAGGUGUGGGUCUAUAACUUGUCCUUGCAGAUGCAGUGGCUUUUCCAGAGCUGUUGGCUUAGUCUGCAUUUGAAAUAUAUAACCCUUUUCAUUGGAUUUGGUUUUCAAUAUAUAUACAUAUAUAGGUGUAUAUAUAUUUGUAAUUUCUACUGUAACUUUUCAGGGAUUAAAAACCCCGAGUUAUAUAUAUAGGAAUUUAAAGUAAUGGGAUCAUAAAAGGCAGGGGAAGGGAAAAUCCCAUCAGCUAGUGAUAAGGUAUUUCAGAAUUUUUUCUGUUGCCUUCUGUGUAAGAAAAUGGGUAUCAUGCUAUUUUCAUUCUUAACAAUUUGAUGUCAUGGUUCAUAUGCACAGUGCUUGCUUAUUCUGUUAAAGCACUGUUUUCUCAGAUAGGCUUAAUCUGUUUUUGUGAAGGACUAAAUUAUACCCUGGGAACCUAAUAUUAACAAUAUGGGAAGGCUCAAGAGCUUAUGCAGCAAACAUCUGUACUUGCAUGCAGGUUAGAAAGUGUUUUUACUCUUAUUACUUGAGCUCAGCAACUUCACCAGCCUGUAUACUGCUUAGUUGUUUCACUUUGUUGCUGACCUGUAACUGACUGACUCCUCUUUGCUACUGGAAAUUGUGGUACUAGCAUCUGGCUUGAAGAGAAAAUGGAGAUAAUUUUCUGCAUAUUUACCUGGUUGAAUGGAAAAUGUUAUGUAAAGGUUUAUGCGGAGCGUUAUCAAUCUAGAAUGUCAUUUUAAUUGUCUUUGAAUGGUAGCAGACUGCUUUGUAUUUUAAUAAUGGCAUAAUAUUAAGACUGUUGCUAUGUUUGUGAUCAAAGACUCUUUACCAUUGGUCUUAAAUGCUGAUGUAUUACCAUUUUUUUAAUGUCAUAUGAUAGCAUGUAUGGUUUGUAUUUUAGAUACGACAUCCAAAUAGAGACAGUCCUAUCACAUCUGAAAAUGGUUUAAGUGCUAUUUAUCACCUUUGUGAAGAAGAAACAUGAUUUAUUUCUUCAUCUGUAAUAAACUCUAAAUUUGACCCCA